AUGUCCCAACAACAAAUUGCAGCCAAAGAUUUCAUCGUCGUUCGAGAAGCUUCGUCGGAACCACCGAAUGGAUCAGUGAUGAUCACUUCAACCCCUUCAACCACUGCAACAACAACAACAACAACAACACCAACAAUAAACUCUCAAUCCAUUCUCAUGUCAAACAAUAACAACACGAAUCAAGUACAAGCAGAGGAGAAGAGAUGUAAUGGAUCAUUCCAAGAAGAGGCUAUUCAACCAUCACCAGAAGAAGAAGAACAUCAACAACCGAAUGAGACAUUGAACGUAAUCAUGCAAGAAGAAAAUAAUCAUCAUUUAAACCUCUCAUCAUCACAAGAUGCAUCAUCAAGGUUUUCCGUGGUGGAUCAUCAAUUUUCAGGAUCAUCCAAAAAGGCUUCAUUUGCAGAUGAAGAGUCAAACCUCUCCACCAUCACCUCCUCCACCAACAAGGCUUGUCUAUCACAAGAAGACAUCACAACAACAACUACUACGUUAGAUUCAUCAUCACCAACCCAGACGAGUCCUCAAGAACGGAAACGAAGAAUUUCCUCACGAUUACCUCUCACUUCCACGGAUGAAUCAACAACUACAGCGGUCAAUUCUUCAACCAAUGGUUUUGAUGAGGAGGAUGAAGAGAGUGAUGACUCAUCGUCUUCUUGCUACGAAGAUGAGUCUCAACAAGAUGAUGAGCUCUCCAAUCAAAUUCAAGACAAUUACUUUAAUGCACGAUCAAGAAGAGUGUCCUUGUGUGGUGACGAUAUAUUGGGUGUGAAAAAAUCUGAAGAUGAGAACACAACACAACCUACAACAUCUUCGACGUCAACAGCAAGAAAUGUAUCCAAUUCGAUUUUAGUAGUUAAUGAAGCGAUCAAUUCGUAUCCUUCUGUGAAUGAGAUUCGAUCGCCACGAGAUGAUUUAAAUGAAGCUCCCAAAGUAUAUAGCUCAAUAAUAUUUGAAUCAAAACAUGACUCGAAACGAAUUCAACAAUUUGAAGAAAUUGCCGCUAAUUAUCAUGAAUUUGUGACGAAAAAUCCUAAACAAUUUCGGAAGCUCAUCCGAGAAGGAAUUCCCACAAAAGAAUUACUGAAAACUAUUUGGAAGAGAAUGGUCGGAUCGGAAGAAUUGUCUAACAAAUAUCCAGGUCUUUAUAAAAAGCUGACUCAACUUGACGACACCAUUCUAGAGGACGACGUUCAUAGAAUUAUGAAAGACGUCUAUAGAACAUAUCCACAAUAUGAAUUUUUUAGCGAAAAGGAUGGACCAGGACAGAAAGCUUUGUGCCGUAUUCUCAAAGCAUAUUGCUAUUUUGACAAGCAAACAGGAUACUGUCAAGGCAUGGCUUUUAUAUGUGGAUUUGCAUUGAUGAAUCUUGAAGAUGAAGAGGAUACAUUCUGGUUCUUUGUUCAAAUCAUGAACAAUGCAAGACACGGUUUGAAAGACAUAUUUUGUGAGGGAUUACCUCGAUUACGGAUGGUCAUGUUUAUGGUGUCUGAAUUGACCAAAUUACGAUUGCCAGAUAUUCACAAACAUCUUGAAGACAAUUAUAUUCUACCAGAAAUGUAUGCCAGUUCAAUUUUAAUGACCCUCUGUACGAAUAGAUUUACAUUUACUGCCUCACAAAGGAUAUGGUCGAUAUUUUUGAAUGAGGGAUGGAAAAUCAUGGUACGAUUAAUUGUUGGAUUACUUAAAUUAUCACGUAAGGAAAUAAUGGGAUGCAAUGCUACAGAAGUGACAUCAAAAAUAUACGAACAUUCAGAAAAAACUGAAGUUGACACUCUCCUCAAAUAUGCCUUCAGUGUACGACUCACGUCACGUCUCAUGAUAAACCUCAAAGCAAAAUACGAAUUAGUAUCUUUAACUGAACAAGAAAAACAAGCAUUACGAACUCAACGAGAAAAUUUGAGAAAGAUUCGAAGUAGUAGUCAUAUUUCUGAUGACUCUCGAACAAGAUCUUCCUCUCUUCAAUUGCCAUCCAUGUCUUCCAUAUUUGCAAAAAUUUCAAACAUGUUUGGCCUUCUUGAUAGUAGAGAAGAUGAUGUUAGUUUGUUCAAAAACAAUCUUUAA